GAGACGUGUUUCUGUAGAAGAAAAUUACAUUGACCGGCAUUUUUUAAAAUUCCCGGUCUCGUUUCAAGUGGAUUUAGGAUGACGCAAAUUUUGGUGAAAGUGAAAACGUGAUUUUUCUGAAAAAUAUUUUCGUAGAAUUUUUAUUUCAGGAGCACGAAGGAGCGUCUGGCGAGCGACUGUGAACAACACUGCGCGUUUUGUAAAACUCCGCGUAGUAACGAAGCUUGUUAGCGUACUUUAGUAAGAAGAUUGUCUGCAGGAGCGAAGACACCUUCAGAACGAGAGAACAAAUGGAACUAAUGAGUUCCUUGUUGUUCUGUGCGCUAGUCGUACAUUUGCCGCAAGCGUCAGCGGAAAAACGUAAUGCUAGGCGGCUAAGACUAACAGAUAUAGAUAUAAAAUACAACAACUCGAUGAUUAUUAACCAAAUGCUGAUGCCAAAAAGGAUUCUAUUAAACAUCAACGGACCACCCUUGGUAAACAUACUCAGUGAUCUACAAAUGGUUUUUAUGGACGUGAAAUGCAGAACAUGUAUCGAUUGUAUGGAACGAGCAAUCAAAGCUUAUAAGGCUCAUUAUCAUAUUAUAAAAUCUCGACCAAGACCGGACGAAUUACAUGAAGAUGUAUUAAGGAAUCGUUACACAUAUAAUGUUCGUAUUAAGAGAGAAACACCAAAAGCAUUUGAAACGACACAACAACAAACAGCCACUUCUAAACCUAAAAGGAGUAAGUCGAAGAAGAAAGCUACAAAAUCGGUGACGGUUACAAAAUACGUUGAUGGAGAGGUCUAUGCGCUAAAAGUUAAAGAAACAAAUACGCAAGUCAACGUAGAACAAAAUAACGUUACUCAUGCGACAACUUGUCAUAUUUACAGUGUUAAGAAAUCAUACCCUUGCGACAGUCCAGAGUCUAACGCAUUUUUGACUAUCGCUAAAAGAAAGGUGAAUAAGAAAAUGAAGAAAGAAAAGGAGAGGCAUAGAUUAAAUUCAAUUAUAACAAGUACUUCUACUACAGAAAAGCCCCAUUUUUUAGCUCCUGCGUUUAGGAAACGUCAUGUAGACAACUCGCAAGUUCCGGAAAAUUUUAUGCCUUCAAUAGAGGAACUAUAUUAG